AUCGACUGCAACUGCACCAUCCGUAUCCCUUUGCAUCGUAUCUGAUCAGGUGCUCUCGUCUAGAGUGCUUCAACAGUGGCAAUGGCGGAACCUCUUGGACUUGAUCUGGCUUCAAAGAAGCAACGCCGCCGGUCCGACUACCCUUACACCCUCGAUUACCGGUCGAGAUGGUCAGACAAUGAUAUGUUCCAUCACCUCAACAACCCCGUCUACGGCGUUCUGAUCGACUCCAUCAUCAACGAGUACCUCAUCACAAAGUGCGGCUACAGCACGUCGGCAUCUGAACACAUUGGGCUGGUCGGCAGCUCAUAUUGCGACUACUUUGGCUCUGCUCAUUACCCAGGCAUGAUCAACGUUGGUCUGCGAGUCGUCAAACUCGGCACGAGUAGCUUAAUGUACGAAGUCGGUGUCUUUCAGGAGGGCGAGGAACAGGUCAAAGCCGUCGGCGGUUUCAUUCAGAUCUGGGUACUCCGGAAGACCAAUAAACCCACCGGAGAAGGGAUUCCAGCGUACAUCAGGAAAGAAGUCGAGAAGUUGCUCAAGGGCAGUGAACAGGAUCCAUCGACGAAGUCCAAGAUCUGAUGAGCCAGCUUGUGGC